CGAUCAUUUGUGCAGGACAGGAUCUGUUGGAAUUUUGAUGAAGUCACUUCACUCCCGGAGGUGCUACUACACUUCGAUAAGAUGUUAACUGAUAGUUCAUGAUCAUAGAAGAUGCGCAAAAUGGUAAUGGCCUGCCAUCCGGCACGGAGAAAUAAAAUCGUCACUUGAUUGUUAUGAAUCGUAAUCUUAUUGCGGAGUAAUGUAGAAGUGGAGUAGGAUGUCUUUCAUUCUCUGUUUGAAAUUCAAAUUUAUCUUUCUACUUGUUAUUGGCACUAUCAAUCUCUAGGUGUGUGUGAAAUAUGUUUUGCUGCUGCUUUCACUGUGGCUGGCUUUUUUUGAUAAAGAGAGAUGGACGCUUAUUAGGUGAUCGUUUACUGCCACUGAAACUGAUUUGAUGAUACACACCAGCUCUAGUACGCGCAGUUAGCAGUUUGUGAUUAAUCUUUUAUGUCUAUGAGUUUUCUCCUAUGAAGGUAUUUUAGAUACUAGAGCAAAGAAAGAUGUCUGAAGAAGCUGUGCAGCUUUUCCGCGCUCAGUCGCAGCAGGCGGGUAUGGAGCAAAGGGCCCCCGAAGCAGCCGCAGUUGUUCCCUCCGACCUGGAGUCAUCAGUUCUGUCACCGUCCAGGCAGACUGAUCGCGGCAGUAUUGCUGCUGUGCCUGGCGCAGAGGCCUCCGAGAGCGGAGUUGCAGCGUCUGAGGGCGUUGCUUCACAGCAGUUAGCUGUGGACGUUGAGAUGUCCAUUGACGAGAGCGCGCAUGGAUCCAACGUCGUGGUCGAGGAACGCGCCGUCUCCUCCGCGGCUGACGAGGUCGGCGAGUCCGAUGCCGUUGCCGAUGACGAAGGCGAUUUUUUGGCUUCCUCAGAAGCGGGAUUCGAGUCCAGCGUGGUGAACGAAGAACGAGGCGAGGUGAUACUGAAACCGCGCAAAAAUUUCGCGGAAACGUGGGCCCUGAAAGAGGGAGAACUAGACGACGCGAUCAUCAUGGCCGGACUGGACCAAUGCAGCAUUGGGCAAGUAUGGGCAAUAUUCAACGGAAAAGUUGAGCAGGGAACCGUCGCAAAGGUCGAAUGGAUCUCAGACCUCCUGCUCAGAGUGCAGUGCAAAGACAAGGAGGCUUGUACCAUACGAUAGAUUUAGUGUGAUUUCUUUGUGAUCACGAAGUAAAACUACAGCUAUCUAGCUUUUACACCUUCGUCUUGCGCUUUCAUAUCUUUUUAGGAGAGAGUUAGCGAAGGAUGCUAUUGCAUUGCUGCCUUUCGUUGUUCAUCUGAGGUGAGCUAGUUAUUCAUCUUGAUGAACAAAAGAUCAUGAUAGGAGCUCACUACAUGACCACAGGCAAUGCAGUACUUGAGCUAGUUACAGUAAAGUACGUCACGGGGGAAAUGGUGCCACAGGAAGAGAACGAGGGCCCAGGCAUAUGGCGAGUAAGAAAUCACUAUGUGGAGGUCCGUAGAGCGACGGCUGCUGACGUGAAGCCCGAAGGCUUCAAGAAAAAAGGUCGAGCUGGGCGAACAGUCAAGGAGUACCGAGGAGACGUCAACUGGUGCAAGCAAAAUGGUACUAAACAGACACUUGUCAAUAACUAUUAAAGCUGUGAUCUGCCUCUGACGCAACGAGACAACAUUACAACAUAGAUUCUAUGAGAAAAAAGCAACUCCUACUUACCAUACUACGUAAUACGUAUCAUUAAAUCUUAGUUCACCACUCAUCAAAAACUUUGUCCUAAAAAAGGUGUUGAGGCGACCUUCGCGACAAAGCUAGCACUGAAGGCACAGGCGCUACAGACCUGGAACGAGCUGACGGAGGCUACCCCAGAAGCCCAGGCACCCGAAGUGACAUUGGAGUCUGAUGUUGUCUCAACGAAUCACCUCCUGGAUUUGAUGAAAAAGAAAGACGAAAAAGCAUACACUGCGCAACAAGUCAAGGGCCUCGCACAGGAAUCGAUGAAGGGAAAGGGUGGUAUGAACUUUUACUUUUCUUGACCACUUGUUCUACAACGAUUGUCGAUGGAUUUAGGAGUUCACUUGUUGUUAUUUUGAUGUGUAAGAAGCAAAUUAGUUUCAUUUUUCUGAUGCUCCUACAAGGUUAUUAGUACCAUGAUGAAUGCGGUUGUUGAAACUGAAUAGCACCUUCCUUCUCAAAUCUCAUCUCAGGCAAAAUGGGUCCGCCCAUGGGUCCACCUUCCUGGAGGAACAAGGGCGCACAUGGUCCUUACGGCGCCGCUUCUGGCCCUUACGGCGCUCCUUCCGGUCCCUACGGCAAAGGCGGCAAUGCAGGACCUCCAAACGGCUACAACGGCGGUCCACCACAAGCGCCGGCGGCUUACGGUCCAGCCGGAGCAGGAAAAGGCCUUAAAAAUGGAGCUCCUGUUGCUGGCGUUAUGCCAGUAGGAGACGGCGGCUCGUCCUUCGGCGGAGGCUUUGGCCGCGGCGACUUCGCGCCCGUUGCGGAUCAUGGCGCUAACCGAGAAUUGGAGGGCUUCUUGGACUUCAUGAACGAAAGCGAAGGCACUCCGUCUAUUUCAGGCAGCACGAGCUUAUACGGAGGUGGCACUUCGUCCUCCGCAUUCCCCGGUGUGCCUUCUCGUCGAGCAGAGGCAGCGAGCAGAACUAGCAAUUACGCACACUCCGAAGACGAAUUCUACUCGUCCAGCAGUCGCAAAAAUUCAGCAUCGGUUCAAGGGUAUUUCUUGGUUUGUACAUUAAAUAGGGUUUCAACCACAAAUGUUUGUGACACAGAAAGAUUAAUCAUCUCACCUUCCUCUUUCUUACCAGUUGGGGGGCAUCGCAAGUACAAUGGCUUAUAUGUGAUGUUGAACACCAUAUUUAUAGGGACCCCUACGGCACAGCGCAGGAGCGCAUGGCUGCCUUUGAUCGCUCCAGCAGGAGAGAAGCUAGGGAAAUCCUUCUCGAACCGCGGAGAGAGAGAAGUCCAAGACGCGGCCGGGAUCGAGGCGAUCUGGACGAGAGUCGUGGUGACGAUCGAGGACGUCGCGACAACCGUGGCCAAGAGCCACCUCGAAUCCGACUUGUGGAACGCCGACAGGCAUCACCCGAUGCUAGAAGGGAACGCGAUGACAGGCGCGGAGGCAGAGACGCAGAGGAGAGCAGGAGAGGUGCCGAUCAAAAGAGCAAGCGUGGACGUGGUCGUGACGGUGAUUACUACGACGAUCGCGACGAUCACUACGACGACCGCGGUGGCGAAAAUAAACGAAGACGUCGCUACUAGAUAGGCAUGCGUUUCGGCUCUUCGGUCAUGACGUCCUCUGGCUCUGCCCGCCGCAGCGUAAAAGCGGACAACAUUACAACACAGAAAUUUUGAUAAAUUCGUAACCCAUUCCCACCAUCUACAACAUAAACCACAUGUGUUUUCAUAACAUCAUGACGCACUCAUUCGUUACCCUACUCGUCGUCCAAUUAUAAUGAAGUUGUUAUAACACGAGACUCAUACACUUGUAGGAUAUGAACAGCACCACAUCAUCACUCAUCCGUGACAUCAUCGUUUCACAUCUGAGAAAAUUGUAUCUAGUUUAUUGCUUCGAAUCAAAUUCACAUGGGUAUUUUUAACGCGAAUUGAUCGGAUUAAGUAUACUAUGGGCGUGAUUUGGGGUGAAUGUCAAUGUUCUUGGUACAGCGACUGUGGACGUCGGGUACUGGUAUUGCUCGUCGGUAGCAGCCACGACUAUAUCUAGCGAUAGAAUUGUGGCAUGUGAUGUACGCAUGUGACUACAGGAUUACUGCCGCAAAAACUAAAUACAAAAGCAGAAUAAAAAUGGCCCUCAGAGGC